AUAUGUAGGUUUGGUUAUCAUUUCCGGUAUCACCACUCGGCAGACGGUGUGUCAAUAGGAAAGUUGGAAAACUGAGAGUAUAGUGAAACCAAAACUUCAAGAUGCUGCGGUGGUUGACGGGCGACGAAAAACGUCGCAAGGAGCCCGAAUUUUUUGAAACAGUUGGAGAAGGACUUAAAAAGUUGUACAAGGCGAAGCUGUUGCCUCUGGAGGAGCAUUACAAAUUUCACGACUUUCACUCCCCGCCCCUCGAAGAUCCGGAUUUUGAAUCCAAGCCCCUGAUUCUUCUAAUCGGACAGUAUUCUACAGGAAAAACAACAUUUAUCAGGUAUUUGCUGGAACAAGAUUUUCCAGGUAUUCGUAUCGGUCCUGAACCAACAACCGAUAGAUUCAUUGCUGUGAUGAAUGGGGACCAAGAGGGGGUGAUUCCUGGAAAUGCCUUAGUAGUGGACACUAAAAAACAGUUCAGACCUCUUUCAAAAUUCGGAAAUGCUUUCCUGAACCGAUUUCAGUGUUCAAUGGUAAACAAUCCAGUUUUAGACAGUAUAUCUAUUAUUGACACACCAGGAAUCCUUUCUGGUGAAAAGCAAAGGGUGGAUAGAGGAUAUGACUUUGCAGGAGUACUCGAGUGGUUUGCAGAACGAGUUGACAGAAUUAUUCUUUUGUUUGAUGCACACAAAUUGGACAUUUCAGAUGAGUUUCGAAGGGCUAUUGAUGCCAUAAAGGGCUAUGAUGACAAAAUCCGUAUUGUUCUCAACAAGGCUGAUAUGGUGGAUCAUCAGCAAUUAAUGAGAGUGUACGGAGCUCUGAUGUGGUCUUUGGGAAAAGUGCUAAAUACACCAGAAGUAGCCAGAGUUUACAUAGGAUCUUUUUGGGACAAUCCGUUACAUUUUGAUAUGAAUAGAAAACUCUUCGAGUUAGAAGAGCAAGAUUUAUUCCAUGAUCUUCAGAGUUUGCCACGUAAUGCUGCGCUGCGGAAGCUGAAUGAUCUUAUAAAGAGAGCUAGAUUAGCAAAGGUCCAUGCAUAUAUUAUCAGUGAACUCCGAAAAGAUAUGCCCUCCAUGUUUGGGAAGGACAGCAAGAAAAAAGAAUUGAUCAAGAAUUUGGGAGACAUUUAUGGCCGAAUACAGAGAGACCAUCAGAUAUCUCUUGGAGAUUUCCCAGACAUGAAACGCAUGCAAGAACAACUAAUGCAUCAUGACUUCACCAAAUUCCAUGCUUUUAAGCCCAAACUUGUAGAAAUUGUUGACCAGAUGUUGGCUACGGACAUUGCCCGCCUGAUGCAAAUGAUUCCAAAUGAGGAAGCAGUCAUGUCAAAAGAGCCACAAGUAAAAGGUGGAGCAUUUGAUACCAUGAAUGAGAGCAUGUUUGGAUAUGGUAGAGGAGAAGGUGUUGAUGAAGGAAGAGGUGAAAGGGAAUGGGUAGUCAACCAAAACAAGAUGGAGUAUGAUGAAGAGUUUGAUAAGCUGAACCCAAUUAAUGGGAAAAUCACUGGUGCUGCAGCCAAGCAAGCCAUGGUCAAAAGCAAGCUACCCAAUUCUGUUCUAGGAAAAAUCUGGAAAUUGGCAGACAUUGACAAGGAUGGAAUGUUGGACACUGAUGAGUGGGCUCUGGCAAACCAUCUUAUAAAGAUUAAGUUGGAAGGCCAUGACUUACCAGCGGAGUUACCGGACCAUCUUAUUCCUCCUUCCAAGAAAAAGGAAAAAUUUUAACAA